GCUCGGAUGGAAAUGCUAUUGGAAGUUGGUAGACGAAAAUGAGAGCUCAGCGUCUCAGUUUUGGGCAUAUUCUAUGACCCUUUUCCUUUCCAUGCCUCAUUGACUCGUUGGAGCUUCUUCUUCUUCUUCUUCUCAGCUUUGAAGCAUAGGAAAUGGACGAGACUCGAGUGCAAGUCCCACGAGUGAGACUAGGUAGUCAAGGCUUAGAGGUCUCCAGGCUGGGUUUUGGGUGUGGGGGACUAUCAGGAAUUUACAAUGCCCCUCUCUCACACGAAGCUGGAUGUUCUGUUAUCAAGGAAGUAUUCAACAGGGGUAUAACCUUUUUUGAUACAUCUGAUCUUUAUGGAGAUCGACAUGAUAACGAAAUCAUGGUUGGCAAGGCUUUAAAAGAACUCCCUCGAGAAAAAGUCCAAUUGGCCACUAAAUUUGGUAUUAUUAUGUCUGAUGGGAUGCAAUUCAGUGUAAAAGGUACCCCUGAGUAUGUAAGGGAGUGCUGUGAAGCUAGUCUUAAGCGACUUGAUGUCAGUUAUAUUGAUUUAUACUAUCAGCAUCGAAUUGACACUUCUGUGCCAAUUGAGGACACUGUAGGGGAGCUUAAAAAGUUGGUAAAUGAAGGAAAGAUUAGAUAUAUUGGGUUGUCAGAGGCUAAUGCUGAUACUAUAAGGAGAGCACAUGCUGUUCAUCCUAUCACUGCUUUACAAAUGGAGUAUUCUUUGUGGUCCCGUGACAUUGAAGACGAGAUAAUUCCACUUUGCAGAGAACUAGGAAUUGGAAUAGUGGCAUAUAGCCCUCUUGGUAGAGGCUUUUUUGCAGGGAAAGCAGUGGAGGAAAGUUUACCUAGUCAAAGUUUACUGGCAAUUCAUCCAAGGUUCAGUGGAGAAAAUUUGGAAAAGAACAAGCUCUAUUACAAGCGACUUUCUGACUUGGCUUCUAAACAUGCAUGCACUCCUGCUCAGUUAGCUCUCGCAUGGCUUCUUCAUCAGGGGAAUGAUAUAAUUCCCAUCCCAGGGACAACUAAAGUCAAGAACCUUGAGAACAACAUCGGAGCUCUGACAGUUAAGCUUACAGAUGAAGAUGUGAGGGAAAUUUCUGAUGUGAUUCCUGCUCAUGAAUUUGCUGGCGAACGAGAAUAUGGCAUGUUCUCAAAAUAUAUGUGGAAGUUUGCAACUACCCCUCCAAAGUAACUGCAAGAAGAUGAAUCGAACCUUUCUUUUCCUUGUACAAUCCUAAGAAAAUGAAUUGUGGCUGUUCUAGUUGAUAUUUGGUGAAGUUUUUCACUUCUUCAAAGAGAAACCUUGCAUGCCUAUAUGUGUAAACUCAUGCGCAUGCGCAUGUAAACUGGUUGUAAUAUAACUUAUGCCUGAAUGAUAUAUAUUGCGUGUAUAAGCAUUUUAUAUCAUUCUUACUUUAAGUGAGUAUUGCCCCUCA